AUGGAUAAAUCACCGUCGGAUCCUCCUGGAUCCAACGACCCUCCAAACCCUAGCGCUCUCACCCUCUUCCUCCCUCUGGAUCCACCGCCGCCGCACACAACUCCUCCUUCUGGAUCCACCGCCGCCGCCCCCAACCCCCAUCCCUCCCUCUGGAUCUCGACGCGCCGCCGCCCCCUCACACUCUCACCGCCGUGGGCUGGAGGUGCCGCACUGGAUCCGGUCCAGGGCACCACCACUAGCUGGCGUCGUGGGCGGGGUGCGGCGCCUGACCAAGUGUGCCCCCUGCUCCCCGUGCCCGACCGCUCGCUCCGCCUCAACCUCGUCGUCUCCAAGGACCUGCGCAGCCGCCUCCAGGAUCACGUCUUCGCGCUCAAGGAGGACUCCACGCUGCCGCCCGUCGCAUCGACCUCAUCAGGAUCUCUCCCGUCCCCUCCUCCCCUCGCAGCGGCCGCCCUGCUCGCGUUGUUCCAGCAGUGGAGUCUCCGGUGCGGCCCGACGGUGAACCCGAGGCACCUGUGCGGGACGCAGGACUGGAUCGAGUCCUUCACGCAGAAUGCGUCCGUCGGCUGCAGUUGCGACCGCUGGCCCGUGUGCCGCAUCACGCACCUGAACAUCACUGGAUUCUGGAAUCUGGCCGAGAUCCCGCCGGAGCUCUUCAACUCGACGGAGCUGGUCUCUCUGUACAAGGGGAAUUCGCUGGCCCAGAUGAGGAGCCAAAGCAACACCAAGUCACAGUUUCACACGCCGCUUCUAAGGGGAGAUAUGCAAGGUUUAAAGAGAAUUUGAAUGCCAAGCCACUGGAGACGAAGCAAAACCACCAUCAAGUUGAUGUCUCAUGCGCCACUUCAAAAGGGAGGUAUGCAAGUUGAACACUCCUAACCUCUUACUUAUUUCUUUUUGGAUUGCUCAUUGGUGUCUGCUGUGCAAACUGCUUACACUAGGCAUUGGUGUCUGUUUCUGUGCAAACUGCUUACACUAGGCAUUGGUGUCCCUCCACUCCUCACAACGCCCCCUCUCUUCCUCCCUCCCGCCAUUU